AUGUAUGUCAAGCAAAUCAUCAUCCAGGGCUUCAAAAGCUACAAGGAUCAAACCGUCAUCGAACCAUUCUCCCCAAAGCACAAUGUAAUUGUCGGUCGCAAUGGCUCCGGCAAGAGCAACUUUUUCGCUGCCAUUCGUUUCGUUUUGAGCGAUGCGUACACCCACCUCGGACGAGAAGAGCGACAGGCUCUUCUACACGAAGGUUCGGGUUCUGCCGUGAUGUCGGCCUACGUCGAGAUUAUCUUCGACAACUCCGACGAUCGAUUCCCGACCGGUAAGCCGGAGGUGGUCCUCCGACGAACAAUUGGUCUCAAGAAAGAUGAAUACACGCUGGACCGUAAGAACGCGACGAAAUCGGAUGUGAUGAAUCUGCUCGAAUCCGCGGGCUUUUCCCGGUCGAACCCUUACUAUAUCGUCCCUCAGGGUCGCGUGACCGCGUUGACGAACAUGAAGGACUCCGAGCGCUUGAACCUGCUCAAAGAGGUUGCAGGUACCCAGGUCUACGAAGCGCGCCGAGCUGAGUCACUGAAGAUUAUGCACGAGACGAAUAACAAGCGGGCUAAGAUUGACGAGCUUCUCGAUUUCAUCAAUGAGCGCCUUGCUGAGUUGGAGGAAGAGAAGGAUGAACUGAGAAACUAUCAGGAGAAGGAUAAGGAAAGAAGAUGUCUCGAGUACACGAUCUAUUCGCGUGAGCAACAGGAGAUUUCGAGUAUUCUGGACAGCCUGGAAGAACAGAGGCAGACGGGAGUGGAGGAUACCGACCUCAACCGUGAUCGCUUUAUUCAAGGCGAGAAAGAAAUGGCGCAAAUCGACGCCGAGAUUGCGGAGUGCAAACAACAGAUUGAGUUCCUGAAGGUCGACAAAGCACAGCUGGAAGAUGAGCGUCGAGAGGCUUCAAAAGCUCUUGCCCAAGUUGAGCUGCAGGCAAAAGCUCUCUCUGACAACCAAGCUGCGGCUCUGGCCCUGAAAAACCGCCACGAUCAGGAUUUGAAGGAAAUCCAGGCUGCAAUUCAAGAGCGCGAGGCUGAACUCCAGGAGCUUCUUCCUCGUUUCAAUGCUGCCAAGGAUCAAGAAGAUGCCGUCAAAGCUCAGUUUACCGAGGCAGAGACUUUGCGACAGAGACUGUAUGCAAAGCAGGGCCGAAAUUCCCGAUUCAAGAACAAGUCAGAACGCGAUAAAUGGCUGCAGACGGAGAUCAAGGAUAACUACAAUUCCAUCUCCACUGCCCAAGGUGUCAUUUCUCAGACCCAGGAGGACAUUAAGGAACUUGAGAAUGAGAUCGCCCUGUUGGAACCCGAAACAGAACGUCUGCGCAAGCAAAUCGACGGCCGAGGCGACACUAUCAACUCUGUCGAGCAACAAGUUCAGGCUGCGAAGGAUGAGAGAGAUCGACUUAUGGACCAGCGAAAAGAGCUCUGGAGAGAGGAAGCCAAGCUUGACUCGAUCCUGUCUAAUGCUUCCAAUGAAGUUGAGCGUGCCGAACGCAACCUCUCGCAGAUGAUGGAUCACAAUACCAGCCGUGGUAUUGCCGCUGUCAGACGCAUCAAGCGCCAAUAUAAUCUGGAGGGAGUCUACGGUACGCUGGCCGAGCUGUUCGAUGUCAACGACCGGUAUCGUACGGCUGUUGAGGUUACUGCUGGGCAGAGUCUAUUCCAUUAUGUUGUUGACACAGACGAAACGGCCACGAAGGUCUUGGAGAUCCUUCAACAAGAGAAGUCCGGAAGAGUUACUUUCAUGCCGUUGAACCGGCUAAGGUCCAGGCCAAUCAACAUGCCAAAGGCCAGUGACACUAUUCCGAUGAUUGAAAAGCUUCAAUACGACAAAGCUUAUGAGAAGGCUUUCCUCCACGUGUUUGGCAAGACCAUCAUCUGCCCUAAUCUGCAGGUGGCGGCGCAGUAUGCUCGAAGCCAUGGUGUUAACGCUAUCACGCCGGAAGGAGACCGCUCCGAUAAGAGGGGUGCGCUGACCGGAGGUUUCCAUGAUUCUCGUCAGUCGAGACUUGAUGCAGUAAAGAAUCUGGCAAAGUGGAGGGAUGAGUAUGAAACGAAGAAGACGCGUGGAAGUGAGAUCCGCAAAGAGCUUGAGAAAAUGGAUCAGCUCAUCACGCAAUCUGUCGGUGAAUUACAGAAGCUGGAGCAGCAAAGACACCAAGUACAGAACAGCAGUGGGCCGCUCCGACACGAACUGCGGAGCAAGCGUGAUCUUCUUCAAAAGAAGAUUGACAACUUGGAUUCCAAACGCCGUGCUCUGCGCAAUAUUGAGAACAACUUGGCUGUGUUGACGGACCAGGUCCAGGCUUUUGAAGCGGAAUUCAAAACCCCAUUCCAAAAGGCUCUCAGCAAUGAGGAAGAGUCCCAGCUAGAGACCUUAAACACUACUGCUCAAGAACUUCGUCGACAAUUCCAGGAACUUUCCAACAAUCGCAGUGAACUCGAGGCCCGCAAGUCGGUUCUGGAAGUCGAGUUACGGGAAAACCUCCACCCCCGACUCGAUCAACUCGUAAGUCAGGACAUCGAUAUGGCCGAUGACGACAACCAGGGCAACUUGAAGGAGACCCAGCGGGAGAUGAAGCGUCUGAGCAAGGCCCUGGAUAAGCUCAGCCAGCGUCUCCAGCAGGUCGACGAAUCCAUCGAGCAGGCGAACACUCAAGCAGCCGAGCUGGCUCAACGCAAUGCGGAAACGCGUCGGGAGAUGGAGGAGCUCGCCAAGUCUAUUGAGAAGCAUCAGCGACGAAUGGAGAAGAGCAUGCAAAAGAAGGCGGCCUUGACGAAACAGGCAGCUGAAUGCGCCGCGAAUAUCCGCGAUCUGGGUGUUUUGCCAGACGAAGCCUUCACGAAAUAUAAGAACACCGAUUCGAACGCGGUGGUCAAGAAGCUCCACAAGGUCAACGAAGGCCUGAAGAAAUACUCACAUGUCAACAAGAAGGCGUUUGAACAGUACAACAGCUUCACCAAACAGCGGGAGACGCUUACAUCACGUCGAGAGGAGCUCGAUGCUUCCCAAAAGUCGAUUGACGACCUCAUCAACGUGUUGGAUCAGAGAAAGGAUGAAGCCAUUGAGCGGACGUUCAAACAGGUCUCGCGCGAGUUUGCCAAUGUGUUCGAGAAGCUCGUGCCUGCUGGCCGCGGACGGUUGAUCAUUCAGAGAAAGACGGACAGGGCUCUCCGGCAAGAUGACGAGCUCGAAUCCGAGGAUGAAGAGGCACGGCAAAGCGUGGAGAACUACGUGGGAGUUGGCAUCAGUGUCAGUUUCAACAGCAAACACGAUGAGCAGCAACGAAUCCAACAGCUCAGCGGUGGACAGAAGAGUCUUUGCGCCCUUGCCCUGGUGUUUGCCAUCCAAGCAUGUGAUCCCGCGCCCUUCUAUCUGUUUGACGAGAUUGACGCCAACCUGGACGCCCAAUAUCGUACCGCCGUCGCUCAGAUGUUGAAGUCAAUCUCUGAUUCAACCAACGGUCAAUUCAUCUGCACGACCUUCCGCCCGGAGAUGUUGCAUGUCGCCGAGAAGUGUUAUGGUGUCAGUUUCCGAGAAAAGGCCAGCACGAUUGACGUGGUGUCUCGGGAGGAGGCAUUGAAGUUUGUUGAAGAGCAGAAGACGUAG